CCCUGGGGUCAGAGGGAGACAGGGAGGGAUCCGGGUGGCAGGGCAGCGUCCCACAGAUUCCAGACUUGGAGGACAGGGCCUAGGCAGAGCCGCUGCCAACAGUCAAGGAGGGAGGCUGCCUGGGAAAGGAAGGACCCUGGAACAUCCCACAAUCCCAAGUCACCCAUAUUCCCUCACAACAAGCAGGACUUUGGCCCCAGGCCAGCUGCUCAGCUGCCUCCCUCCAGCCCAUCAAGCAGCUGUCACCCCACCACACCUCCCCCUUUCCCAGGCCCUUCACAUCUGCAGUCAGCUCAGUGAAUCACUUGCUCAAGCUCUAGCCAUGCCCUCGUCUCCCUUCAUGCCCUCCACCCCAUGGUUUCUGCUUUUCACAAGUUCCCAGGGAAGAGGGCUUGAAGGUGCAGAAAUAUACCGGCCCACCGGACACAGAGGGAGCCCCACCCUAGGAGGUGAGGGAAACAAGAGGCCAGCCUGCCUCCUAAAAAUACACACCAGGGCUCCCGGAGGGCAGGGCCCUGGCUUCUUCUUUUAUGAUCUUGCCAGCACAGUGUGAGGGAUUAAAGAGUGCAGUAUUUUAAUAAUCAAAAGAAUAAUAAACAACCACCUCAGUAGGCCAAGGCUGUGGGCUGGAAAGGCGGCUCUGCAGGACAUCCCCGAGCCACCGACCUCAUGCCCUGAUAAGGUCUGCAGUGGGUCUUAGAUCCACUUCCUCCCUCUGUGCAGCUGAAGCUGUGAGAACACGGGCAGAGCCCACCAGAAGUGGCACAGAAGCGAGCCAGGCCAGAGGGGGCUGCACAGCAGAGAGCUUUUCAUAGUACCCCAAGCUGGUGCACCUUCGCGGAACAAGCCAGGAAGAAAGUUUCCUGGUCAGUGACCCAGGGAAUAAGAAGGGAGUGGCUGGGGUUAAGAUGCUAGGCCCUGGCCAACUGGUUUGGAGUCGGGGAUGUACGGAACCAGGAAGUGUUACUCGGCCCAGAUCCCCCUGUUCCUCCCAACAGCCCCACGCCUCCUCCUCUCUCCAAAGCUGCAGCAACUUCAAGGAGAGUUGCCCUCCCCACCAGGCCCACCUCUUAGGCUUGGCCCAGCCCCUUCCCUGGAGGACAGACCCCAGAUGAGGCCCACACAGCCUGACAGGAAGGUAGGACUCUGGCCCUCAACUGUCCUUUCCUGCCGUGAGGCCACCUGGGUAAAUCAAGGAAGGGUGAGGAAACAGCAGCCCGGUUUGAUGUCAGGCCAAGGGGAGGUCAGUUCCUUCCCCAAGGUAAUGCUGCUCUGCUGAGAAAACCUGAAGUCACCCUUGGCACGCCCCGGGGAGGAGCCAGCACUUUAUAGGUGCAGGGCUGCUCACCCUUAACACAUCCUCUGCCUCUUUCCUCCUCCCCAUCCCUGUGGGUUCUGCUAAUGAGGGCCUGUCACUGGGUCCCAGGUCUGAGUCACCCACACCAGUGACAGGUUCCUUCCUUCCCCAACAGUCAUUCCACACACCUUUCGGUUAACUCCCACCUCUGAGUUCCUCACUCCAGACACACAGGAGCUGGAGAGCCAGGCUGCCCGCCAGGGCCCAGAGCACUGGGGCUGUGGAGAAGAGGAGGCAGCGUGGCGACACAGCCACACAGCAGAGCUGCCCCCGGACAGUCCCCAGAGGAAUCCUAAACUCCCUGGGGCCCCAGGGUGUUGGCCGCACAGCCCAAACCCCAGCCUGCAGAUGCUGCAAUUACCUCAGAGCGUGAAACGCGACUUCCCACCUGACUGAGUCACCUGAAGACAACAAAACAUCGCCACCACCACACGCGGUCACAAACAGCCAAGCCACUAAUCACAGUCCGGGAGCUACCAGCAGAGAGGCCGGUCCCCUGCCGGGGCCAGGGAGAAGCCAGCCAAGCCGGUGAGAAGCCCGGCCCGGGGAAGACAAUGCAGCUCUCAUCUACCACAGCUACCAGAACUCCAGCUCCGUAAGUGCUGUUUCCUCCUCCUGGGGUUUUUCCAUUACCCUAUGGAGUAACCGGGCCACUCCUGCCUCUCUGGGAAACUCCUGUCUUGGCUCUCCUGGACUGCCCUGCACGCCCUCUCAUCAUCCAGGAUGCUCGCCCACGCUCCGUGCUGAGCAGAAAGCCUGAGGCCUCUGCUUCUGCCCGCGAGGGCUGCCUGAUUCUCGCUGUUCACUGCUCCAGCGGGGCCCGAUGGUCCCCAGCUGCCCUUGACCGGGCUUCUGAGGUACCAGGCUGGUCUGCGCCCUCCCCAGGGCCCCAUGGAGACUUGGCGCAAAGGCUCCUUCCGCAGCCCCUCCUUCUUCAAGCGGCUGAGCCUGGGGCGGCCGCGGACACUCCGGCGACAGGGCAGCGUGCUCAGCCAGGCCAGCACGGCUGGGGGGGACCAUGAGGAAUACAGCAACCGAGAGGUCAUCCGGGAGCUGCGAGGGAGACCGGAUGGCCGGCGCCUGCCACUGUGGGGGGACGAGCAGCCCCGGGCCACCCUGCUGGCCCCGCCCAAACCCCCGCGUCUCUACCGGGAAAGCUUCAGCUGCCCCAACAUCCUAGAAGCCCCCUCCGCAGAGUACACUGCCGCCUACUCUGCCACCCUGCCCUCCGCGCUCUCCGUGGCAGACACCCUCCACCGAUCCUCCGAGGAGGACCUUACGGACAUGCCCCCCUUCCAGAGGACACCUGCUCCGGACCUCAGCGAUCCCUUCUUUUCCUUCAAAGUGGACCUGGGGAUUUCACUUCUUGAGGAGGUUCUGCAGAUGCUGAGAGAGCAAUUUCCCAGUGAGCUCAGCUUCUGAAUGGGGGGAGGGUGGGCAGAGGUGGGUGACUGAAAGAGGUGGGAACCUGGGGACCCAGAGGACGGGACAGUCGGGGAUUAAGUUAGGGAUAGAAAUUCAGGUCCCUGCCUGACCCCCCGGGGUCCUGAACAGUUCUCUGAGUCACCCCAGGGUGGAGGGACAGAGGGACAGAGGCAAGCCAAAAAUGUGAAGGGGGCACCUGCUGGCAGGAGCCCUGAAGACAGCUAGCUAGGCUGGGAAGGGAGGCCACACCUGCAACCACCAGGACCAGGCAGAGGCCUGGAUGGAGGCAGAGGGACGGUGGCUUACAGGGCAAGUCCGGGAGUGGAGAACACAGACUGGGCUCAGAGAUGGGUGUGCUGUGCCAGCUCCUACGUGUGGCUGCUUUAAGUCACACUAAUUAAAACUAAAUACAAUAAAAAAUUCAGCCCAGUCACACUGGCCACAUUUCAAGUGCUCAGCAGCCACAUAUGACUAAGGUUUACCACCCUGAACAGCAAACGGUGAACGGUAACGUUACUAGAGAAAGUUCUAUUGGGCCACACAGGCCUAGACCACAGCCUGGUAGGGGCAAGGGAAGCAUAUGGGACCUGCCAGGGAAGGGAGGGGCUUGUGGGGCAGGAAGAGUGAGGCUGGUGGAGAUACAGAGUGUAACUCAGGAAAAAGUCCAAAGAAAUCACUAGCAGGAAAGGGGGCGUGAGAGACUCAAAGUGCCAACACAGCUGCCCGAAGCACUCCCUGGAGCCCAAGGAAGGAACUCGAGGGAACGUCAGGCACAGACAGCUUGUGAAGAGAGGCUUUGGGGAAUUCUGGGAAAUAUCAGUGAUGGGAGCCCUGGGGAAAUGCAAUGAAAUAUAGUGGCAGUUUUCCCUCCUUCCUGCACCCAUGAGAAUAUGGGAGGUCUGAUCAGGGGACAGACACAAAGCUCAAGGCUGUUACAGUGAAGGGGCACAGCUGGUCUCCAGAAUCCCCACCAGGACCGAGGAGCUUUGCUCAAAGCCUCUGACGAUGGGGGUUGCGGCGCUACCCUGACGCCUGGCCAGAAGACCUGGAACCGGAGCCUGGCUGGCGGCACGUGGUUCUGACACACACUGCCUCCACAACGCAAGCCUUAUGGCCUCCCCCUUUCUACUCCUGUGUGCAUGUGCUGAGCGGAAAGCUCCCCUGUGGGUGCAGAUGAUAAAUAAAGUUCUUUAUCACACA